UAUGUUCACAUGGACUAAAGUAGUGAAAGCACGUUUAUAUACUCUGCUUAUACUCUCUCUCUCUCUCUCUCUCUGACAACAAGAGAGAUGUACUCUUCCAUCCAUUCGCUUCCGCUGGAUGAGUUUCAAAGCUCGGUUGAUGGGUCGGGUUUAGGGUCGGAUCCCUGUUUGGUAUUGACUUCGGAUCCCAAGCCUAGACUCCGCUGGACUGGGGAGCUCCAUGAAAGAUUCAUUGAUGCUGUUACUCAGCUUGGCGGCCCAGAUAAGGCAACACCGAAAACAAUCAUGAGAACAAUGGGGGUUAAGGGUUUGACCCUUUAUCAUUUAAAGUCACAUCUCCAGAAAUACCGGCUGGGAAAGCAGUCGUGCAAGGAGUUUACUGAAAAUUCUAAAGAUGCAUCUUGCAUUGCCGAAAGCCAAGAUACUGGGUCAUCUACAUCAGCAUCAUCAAGAAUGAUGGCACAAGAUUUAAAAGAUGGCUUCCAAGUCACUGAGGCUUUGCGAGUUCAAAUGGAAGUUCAGCGAAGGCUGCAUGAUCAGCUGGAGGUUCAGCGUCGUCUUCAGCUACGUAUUGAAGCACAAGGGAGAUACCUGCAAACAAUUCUUGAAAAAGCUUGUAAAGCUCUUGAAGGCCAGACUGUUGCUUCUGUUGGACUUGAAGCUGCUAGGGAAGAACUCUCUGAACUAGCUAUCAAGGUUGCAAAUGACUGUCAGCAAGUAAUCACAGUCCCUUCACUUUCGGAAAUUGCCGCCUCUUUGGAAAGCAAAAAUCCUCUCGGCGUGCCUGGUAAAUUCGGAGACUGUUCUGUGGAUAGUAGCUUGACAUCAAUUGGAAGCCCACUUUCUCCAAUGGGCAUGGGCUCACAAGCUGCCGCUCUGAAAAAGAGAACAAGACCUUUCAGCAACGGAGAUUUAUCGCCCUUGGAUAACAAUUUAAGGCAAGUGGAGUGGAUGAUGAGUAAUAUCAGUUGAAUUUCAAAUGGGGUUGCAUAUUCAUCUUUCAAGCAUUGUUCUUCGUCGCUUCUUUAAGUGGCUUAUUAUAUGGUCAACCGUGUUGUCAACUGUAAGAUCAGUUGUAAUGUAUAUUUCUCAGAUCCUAAUAUUUGAACUUGAUCA